CGAGCGGAGGCAUCGCGCCGGGCCGUGACCGCCGCGCCGCCGCCUCAGGCGCUCUCGGAGCGCCGACGCUGAGGACCAUGGCCCUGGAGCAGCUCUGCGCGGUCCUCAAAGUGUUGCUAAUAACAGUACUUGUAGUGGAAGGGAUUGCUGUGGCCCAAAAGACCCAAGAUGGACCAGAACAUUGGAAUCAAGCACAUUCCUGCCAACCCAGUGUGGCAUUUGGGUUCGCACCAGCAAUGGAGGUCAUUUUGCUUCACCAAAUUAUCCUGACUCAUAUCCACCAAACAAGGAGUGUAUCUAUAUUUUUGGAAGCUGCUCCUCGUCAACGGAUAGAGCUGUCGUUUGACGAACGCUAUUAUAUAGAGCCAUCAUUUGAAUGUCGCUUUGAUCACUUGGAAGUUCGAGAUGGGCCAUUUGGUUUCUCACCUCUCAUAGAUCGUUACUGUGGCAUGAAAAGCCCUUCGUUAAUUAGGUCAACAGGAAGAUUCAUGUGGAUUAAAUUUAGUUCUGAUGAAGAACUUGAAGGACUAGGAUUUCGGGCAAAAUACUCAUUCAUCCCAGAUCCAGACUUUACUUACCUUGGAGAUUGCCAGUUUGAGCUCUCAGGAGCUGAUGGAAUAAUACGUUCUAGCCAGGUAGAACAAGAAGAAAAAACAAAACCUGGCCAAGCAGUUGAUUGCAUUUGGACAAUUAAAGCCACCCCAAAAGCUAAGAUUUAUUUGAGGUUCUUAGAUUACCAAAUGGAACACUCAAAUGAAUGCAAGAGAAAUUUUGUGGCGGUCUAUGAUGGAAGCAGUGCUAUUGAAAAUCUGAAGGCCAAGUUUUGUAGCACUGUGGCUAAUGAUGUAAUGCUGAAAACAGGAGUGGGAGUGAUACGGAUGUGGGCAGAUGAAGGGAGUCGGCUUAGCAGGUUUAGGAUGCUCUUCACUUCCUUUGUGGAACCUCCCUGUACAAGCAGCACUUUCUUUUGCCAUAGCAACAUGUGCAUCAACAAUUCUUUGGUCUGUAAUGGUGUUCAAAACUGUGCAUACCCUUGGGAUGAGAAUCACUGUAAAGAGAAGAAGAAAGCUGGACUGUUUGAACAAAUCACUAAAACUCAUGGAACAAUUAUUGGCAUUACAUCAGGGAUUGUCUUGGUUCUUCUCAUUAUUUCUAUUUUAGUACAAGUGAAACAGCCCCGGAAAAAGGUAAUGGCUUGUAAAACUGCAUUCAAUAAAACUGGGUUCCAGGAAGUAUUUGAUCCUCCUCAUUAUGAACUGUUUUCACUAAGAGAGAAAGAGAUUUCCGCAGACCUGGCAGAUUUGUCAGAAGAACUUGACAACUACCAAAAGAUGCGGCGCUCCUCCACAGCCUCGCGGUGCAUUCAUGACCACCACUGUGGAUCUCAAGCAUCCAGUGUCAAACAAAGCAGGACCAACCUCAGUUCUAUGGAACUUCCCUUCCGAAAUGAUUUUGCACAACCACAGCCAAUGAAAACAUUUAAUAGCACCUUCAAAAAAAGCAGCUACACUUUCAAACAAGCACAUGAGUGCCCUGAACAAGCUCUAGAGGACAGAGUAAUGGAAGAGAUCCCCUGUGAAAUUUAUGUCCGGGGGCGAGAUGAUUCUGCGCAAGCAUCCAUAUCCAUCGACUUCUAAUAGUCAGCUUAAGGCGCUAAUUAUUAAGUAUGUGUAUGCAGCCUACACCAACACCCAUUCUGUCUCAGCAACCAAUCUUGUUCUGUCAGAAUUUGAAAGACCUUCAUAAUCUAUCAUAAUGCUGAUGUUUUAUUAUCUCAGGCAAUCUAUAUAUGUGAAACCAACCAAGGAACUUAAUGUAUUCAGUGGAAAAAGUCAUCAUCCGUUGCUUGGUAUCUUAUCUACAAAAUACCACCAGUUCAAUAACAGUUGAGGAGCGAGUGGUCAUGUUGAGCCAGGCUCAGCAGCCUGGAGGCGUUGACAUCAGGAUACUAUUCUUGUUCGCACAGCCCCAUCAAUUUGAUCCCACAGUAAAUUUAAAAGUAAGAUUUUUCUUUUUAGUCCUUUUGUCUUUCUUUUCUCCGAUGUGUUUGUUUACCUGUGGUUUUACCAUUUUGGUUUCCUGCAUAAGGGGACAAAGCGUCACUAUAUUCAGCAUGGGCAUGUAUUUGCUCUUACGUGUAGAAUAUGGCUAGUCCUGUGAUGAGUGGCAGUUUCAAACACAGUCGUAUUUCAUUUCUCCCUGAAUCAUUUCUAUACUGUUGUCUUUAAUAACUGUAACUUUAGUCCUCUUUUAUGUGGGAAGUAGUAGAUGACAUGAUUUAUCACCUUGAAAUCAUGUUUCAUCUUUAAUUGUGCUAGAAAAGUAACAAUCCUGGGGUGUAUUAUUACCAGUUAAUCCUGACUGGAAAUUUGAAAAAGAUUAAAAACAUGUAGCAACCUCUGAAGUUGUUCCUGUUGGGUCUCAUUCAGUGACAGACAUUCAUCCCAAU